GAAGGAGGAGAGUCGGCUCAUUGGAGCAUUGCUGAUACCCGAGGCGAUCAGUGCCGCACUCGCACACACAUACACGCACACGCAGACACCAGCGGCAGCCGCUGUAAAGUGAUCUCAAGUCUACGAGCCUUCGUGAGUUUGAAAACAAAGGCGAAUGAGAAACUUAAACAAGCAGGGGAAGAUGCAACUGUGUUCCGAGAAGUGAGUGUUCAUCCGACUGUGUCCAAACAUUCCCAUUCCAAAUAUAGCAUGUCAAGAGGUGAGCUUUCUGAUCAAGGGAAUACCCCUACUAGCACACGGUGUGGAAGUGUUGAGUUCUCUUCAAACUUUAUUAUGACAUGUCCACUCUUUAAUUCAAAUAUCUUGCGUGGACCACAUUCCUCUGUUGCCCCAUCACUGCGAUACUCCAGUAGGUUGUCAAGUGGAUGCUAUUCUCUUGACGCGGACAUCGGAGAGAUGACCAAGCCUAUAGGCUGUGACAAGUCCACGCAGACUCCAAGCCCGGCUUGCCAAGCCAUCCACCAUGCGCAGGUCGCCUUGGCACAGCUACAGCAUUUGCAGAAUUGUGAUUCUACCACUCACUACACCAGGAGCAAUUUAAAGUGGCCAGUUAACCUACAUCUCUGGGAUGUAGGAGAAAAUAAGAAUACUUGGAGGAAACCCAUAUGCCCACAUGGAGAACAGGCAAACUCCAUCCUCACAGGGCAGAUGGAAAUCCAUGAAAUAUCUCAGCCUGUGGGAAUGGACGUCGCACCUGAGGUAUUGAUCGGUCAAGAGUUGAGAAGGAUUGCAGACAGUUUUAAUCUCUCUUACCAGGCACCAAAUCGCAGACGUGCGAGGGCCCAUCGACCACCUAAUAACCAGAUCACAAGUUUUCGGCACUGGAUAAGCAUAUUGUUCAGGCGGUUGAUCGACAGUGUAUAAAAUACAACAAAUGACAGAUUUUUUCUGACAAUUUCAAUCUUUGCUUUUUCACUUUGGAAAAUUAAAGCUUUCUGUCUUGACUUGCAUACAUACUGGCAUCAAACUGCGGUAUUCUGAUGGUACAGAGAUAAACUGUGACUCUAAGAGCACGUCAUUAUACCGCACUGGAAGGCAUCAGCCUUUUCGUCUAAGUGACAUUGUGAGAAGGUGGUGGAUUAAUUUUGAGCACAUGCAUUGUGCAAAUGUUUCCUGCAAUUAGUGGAACCUGAGCCAACAAAUAUCAAGAGCAUUCGUACGUUUCCCCCAAAACAAUCAAAUACAAUCUGAAUUGUUUUUAUAAUACUCUUUUCUUAUGUAACUGAAAAUGAUCCAGCCUUGAGAUGCCUAGAAAUGUAAUAAUUGUAAGUUAUUUGAACUAUUUAUUAGAUGUAGAAAGUCUUUGUGUUUUUCUAUUUUGUUUCCCCAUUCCCUCUUUUCUCCACCAUAUUCCUACUUCACCACUUCUGCAUUUAGUUACCAGACUGAGCCAGGAAGCACUUUGGCUGCAGUUUUUAGUGGUUUGUUUCUGCUUGUAAUUUAAUUUCUUGUAUUUUCAAACAUUAUGUUUGAUGACCCAGUGUCAAUGUAGCAAAAUGUUAAACAAUUCCCUUAAUUUUACCCAUCCUUCAGCCUGUAAAAACGUACUUUUUUUUUUGCCCUGCAUUUUAAUUUUAUUUUCCUUCCUUGCACUGAUGACUUGCCAAAUAUCUGAAGGGGAAUUAACAUUUUUAACUGUGCAAUAAUGUUUUUCAUACCUGCAUCUUUGGAAAGUACAUUUAAAUAUGAAGUCAGGGUUUUAUUACAAUAAAUUGAAUUUUCGAUAUAGCUUUGCAUUUAAUCCUCUGUAGUUUUAUUAGCAUCAGACACUGGUGUGAAUACUAGCAGAGUUCGGGGCCUUCAGCACUCAUUUGAAUUAAGCUGUGUCAAGGCAAUGGGGAAAAUGUAUGAAUGGACCAAGAACAACUAUCUAUAAUAAUUUGAUUCUUAUUUCUAUUUUGUAUCAAAAAGCUUCUGUUUUCAGCCACAGGGGAAAAAAAAAUUCUUCAUUUCCUAGAUUCUAAAAAAAAUUAUCCUGCAAGAAGAGUAAUAAUCCGAAAGCAGAAAGUUUGCAGAUGCUAAAAAGCUAAAGUUGAAACAUUUUGGAAACACUCAGAAGAUCAGGCAGCAUCUGCCAAGAGGGGGAAGAACAAGACUACUGUCUCUGGUUGAUCUUUCAUCAGAUGUGAUACAUGCUAUUUGCACAUGCUGCUGUUUAAUUAAUGACUAAUAUGCCCCACCACUUGUGUUUUUUUUCCCUAAGACAUAGGAACAAAGUCAGCCAAUUUGGCCCAUUGAGUCUACUUUAUCUUUCCAUCAUGGCUGCUUUAAUAUUCCUCUCAACUCCAUUUGCUUGCCUUAUCCCCUUAACCUUUCACUCCCUGAUUUACCAGGAACCUGUCAACCUCUGCCUUUAAAUAUAUCCGAUGACCUGGCCUCCACAGUUGCUUGUGGCAACAUCCCAGAUUCACUACCCUCUGUCUAAAGAAAUUUCUCCUCAUCUGUGUUUUAAAUGGAUGUCCCCCUAUACUGAGGUUAUGCCCUCUAGUCCUAGAUUCAUAAUCCUUACCAAUCUCAUUUGCAUUUGUAGGCAGAGACUGGCCAAUUCUGCUACCAAAAGAGGUUCCUAGAUCCCCAAUUUGGCUGCAUUUUUCAUUUAUACUCUCCUAUACUUGCAGCAGACAAUGCAGUUUCUUUGCGUUAGUCUCACUAACACCUUUUAAACAUUUCUUGCCCAUCCCUCAACCUUUGGUCCUCAACUCAUUUGUCUUAAAUCAAGCCAGUAAGCUUGUAGAAGCUUUAAAGCACAUGGGCAAGGCAGUCACACCCAUUAUGCAGUGUCAAUACUGUUUCUGACUAUAACACAAACCCUUCGAUCUUCCAGCCUUUUGGAAUUCCAACAGCUUCACAGAUAAACCUACUUGCAUCCUGUCCACAGAUUUUCAGACUGCAGUUCCUAAUUUCAUCUCACUUCAGAAAAUAUACCUUAUUGUCUACCUGUACUGCACUUCCUCUAACUGUAACACUUACAUCGUUACUGUUUCCCUUGCAUUACUGCUAUGCAUUGGUGCAAUGGAAUUUUCUAUAUGGAUGGCAUACAAAAUAAAUAUAAUGUUUAAAUCAAUUUACAUACACACACAUUGUUCAGAGAUCUUAAUGUUAAACUUUGAUUUAAUUUUCUAUAUUAUGGAGCACUUGCUCAAUAUGUACUUGUGGCAACAUUAACUUCCCAUUCCAUCUCAAUCAAUAGUCUCUAUUAACUUGGCUGAACUGCCCUCGUCUUUCAUGGUGGAUGUUGAAGGUCCAGAACCAAUCCCUGGAUAUAGUACUUAUUACUUCCAAGCACAGUAUUUACCUUCCUUUAUUUUCAAUCAAACUCUUCUGUUGCAGUCAAACACCAAACCAUUGCUGAGUACCACUGCCCAUUCUGUGCAGAAUCAUGUUCACUAAUAAUGCCUUAUAUGAGACUUUGUUAUGUUUCUCCAGGAAUUGCACUCAGAUUUUGGUAAGAUAACUUUGUGGACAAGUAGCUGUUCCUAGAUCUUAACCAUCAAUAGAUUACAUAUGACACAUUGGCUAUCUAACAGAUUUGCAACACAGUACAGCAUAGGAACAGGCCCUUUGAUCCGCAAUGUGGGGCUGAACCAGCUAAAAAGUAAAUAAAAACAAAUACCCCUCCCCUACAAAAUGUCCAUGUCCCUCCAUCUUCCUCCCAUUCAUGUGCCUAUCUAAACACCUCUUAAAAGCCUCUGAUGUAUUUGCCUCCACCACCAUAUCAUCUAAAGAAGAGAUGACUUCAGGAAGGACAUUUACUUCUGAAAGAUGAUGGAUGUAUUGAUAGCUCUAGAUCAGGGGUUCGCAACCUGGGGUCUGUGGACCCCCUGGUUAAUGGUAGGGUUCCAUGGCAUAAAGAAAAAGGUUAGGAUCUCCUGCUCUUGAGGAUGUUUUUCUUUCCAUGGUCAAUUGCUCCAAGUGGAAUACUGUCAUCCAAGUAUUAUUUACUUGAAAGUGGGUUUCAAUGUAUUUUUGAACAAAACCAUUAUUCACUAGAAGCUUCAAAGUUAAGUUGGGAACUGAAUAAUUGUGCACAACUUGUGACCAAAUGUACUUUUUAUUGCAGACAUCAUGUGAGUCUUAUUUCUGUUUAUUUUAAGGUGCAUAACCUUUAAUAUCUUAGAUUGUCUAUACAAAAACUAUUUUAAACUGCAAAGGGAAACAAAAACAUGACAGCUUGAAACUGAAUUGGGUUAAAUUUCAUCCGAGUGGGUGGAAAGUACUUUCAGUUCCAAAUCAAUGUUUUUGAAUGCAUUACACUGUGGUUGUACUAAAGAAUGCAAUAAGGAUUUGAAAUAUGGAUUUACUGAUGCAUUUAUUGCAAUAGUGUCUUGUUAAAUGUACGUUGUGUACUGUUGCACUUGCACAACCAACAAAGUUGGCAUUUUGAUAGUUCCCUGGAGGAAAAAGUUCAGAAUAAAUUGUUGAUAAGAAUAAUGCACCUCAAGGAGGGUGUAUUCAGAGCACUGCAAUCUCAAGUUAUUGAUCUGCUGAAUACAUCCCCAGCUAUGUGUUGAGUUUUCAUGAUCACAUGGAUAUCACCC